AUGUACUGCAGGUAGGCUGAACUGUGUACAGUGUAAUAAUCACUAUUGGUAUCAGUAUUCUCUUGGUCAUUAGGUCACUAAUGCAAUUUAGAUCUGUUGGUUUUGAGUACAAGUUUGGCUAAUAAGAUCGAUAGGAUUUAAUAAUAGACACUUAAUGAUCGGUCCAAGGGAAAAAUCCCAGCUAAUUAUUAUUCUCGUCUCAUUGAGAAGUUGUUUCCACAGCUGACACAAUACUAUACAGAAUAUAUUAUUAUACCCCAACUUUUUCUAUUUUAUCUCUUCUAGGCAUAUACUAGCUGCUCUGCACUUUAACUAUAAUUUACACAGAGAAGAGAAAGUGAACAAAGAUGGAAGUGUCCCUUUGAAAGUGACCUACCCAAAGUUUAAAAAUGGAGAGGCUACUGUGAGAAAUCUAAAGAUCAAGCCCAUUUUUGGUAUUUAUUUACUAUCAUUUGUAGAGUAGAAUUUUAAUGUUAGAUAGAUUUGAUAUUUAAUUUAUUGUUAUUGAAGUUUUUUAGUAAUUUUUUAAUAUACACUCUGGAAACAUGUGUUUUUGUCUCAUUUACUGUCUAGACUAUGUGGGAGAACUCUUCCAGUUUUUUAUGACAUUGAGCAAACAACAGCUGCAGGAUGCAUGCAUUGAGUUGAAGAACAUGGUUCCAGAUCCAAUGAAUUCCAUGCUUGAAAAACAACCCAGGGAAGAGGCCAUUAGGAAGCGGACAGAGAGGAUGAGAAUGGUUGCAAAGGAUGUACCUCCCAAGGCACCAGGUUUGUUUACUGUUAAUUUUCCAGGCUUCACUAUUCCGAGCCGAGGUGAGAUGUCUCACCAAAACUAAUAACAGUCUCUGUGCCCUGUAACAUGUCUAAACUAGUAUCUUAGUAGUUCUUAGUCGAAUGAUGACAAAGCACUACUAGGAGGCAUUUUAGGGAUGACAGGAACUCGUGAAAUAAUAAUGACUUCUGAAUUAUGACAGCACCUUCAUUUCUUUAUUGCAGCACGAGAUCCGACAUCAAGUGAAAGAAGACAACAGCCUUCUAGAGCACUGCCACGAUGUUCUAUCUGCAAGAACCCUAUGAGGGGCCAUAAUUCUAUCACUGAUUGUCCAAGAAAUAGGAAGGAUUGA